UCAGUUUGUUGGUGCGCGUCUUCGAGAGUGUUUCGAUCCGAGCAGAAGUAGGAGGAAAAAUAAGUCCGUGAAAAGUUCGAACUUUGUGUGUGAAAAUUUUGGUGAUCGCUUUUUGUUUUUGUUGCUGUGUUCUGCGCAGAUUGGAAGAAACGAACGUGAAAGAUUCGGCACAGCCGGACAAUCGAAACUCGACUGUACUGUACAACGAAACGCCCGAAAAGAAAAUCCGAUCUAUCUCUUCGAGUGCGGUGUGAAUGAAGCGCAGUCCCAUAUAAAUUUCGGUUCUGUCGGUGUCGGAUACAAAUCGGUCGGUUGGUGAGCGAUCGCGCUGGAAACGCAUGGUGUCAAAGGAUUAGCGUGUAGAAUAAAUUGCUGCAGUCAGCCAGCAGCCGUGUCGGUGGUGAUCGAUGUAGGGCUCCGUGCUCCGAAGAAGACCAAACUCAGUGAAUGGAGGGGCGCACACCGGUGCCGGUGGAGUGUUUGUGCGCUGGGAAGUAGUGCGGAAAGUGUGUGAUGUUAUAAAAAUAGCAGGAUACAGAAUUUGCCUAUGCCGACUAGCGAGCGGUCAGUCAAGUCAGUGUUGUGGGCCGGCUGUGGCUCCAGAGGGAGCGAGAGAAUUCCACCACCUAUCAGAGAAAAGUAGGUUGAUGACGCCGCUGCCGCCGCGCCGGUUUGGGUGAAGUGAAGUGGUGCAUGCAUUUGGUAGCGUCCGUAGUGAAGAAGAAGGUGUUGAGCGAGAUGCCACAGCGGGAAAAUUGCGCGUGAUCGUAAACAGUGGUGGAAGGAGGUUAAAGCCAGAGACGGAAAAUCAGGAGAGUCGGGAGACGAUUUGGACGCAGAAGCGAGCUACAACAUCCAACAAGAGUGUGAAUCAACUUGCCUUCCGCGCUACAAACCGUCAGCAGUAGCAGUAGCUGGUGAGCUAUGAAAUGAGUGCAACUGCAUCCGAGCGGGGAUUUGUGCCGAAGAAGGGAGGCGUGGCAAUACCAUCAUCCGGCGCAGCAUCCUCGUCAGCAGUAGGAUUCCCAACGGUGUCGUCGUUGGCGGCGGAUGAAAAAUGGAGCAGCGAAAAUGUGCGCCGUUCGAGCUAGCCGUGGCGGUUCGCCGCUCCGAACAGUUGCUACAUCGAAGUUAUUGGACUAGGCAUCAGUAUUAACUGAGAGCGGGUGUUUUAUAUACUUAUAAAGUGCCAUUUGUAGUUUGUUAAGUGAUACUUUUGAUAUUGGUAUUUAUACUUUGUGAAUGGUGAAUUGUGUAGAAGAGAGGAUCUUCCGGAGAAACCUAGACAAUCAUUUGUAGCUGUAAGGAUUAGAUGCGUUCGCAUAAUUUUGGUAGUUGGUAAUUGGAAAAUGAUAUUUACUGGAGCUCAUGGCCGUCGAAGAGCUGGAAAUGGACAAAGCAACAGUCAACGUACUGCCAGAAGUUCCCGCGCUGCACCGGAGACUCGCUCCCGCAACCAAUCGCAGCGGCCGUACCUCCAGCGGGACCAGCAACAGCUCUCCUUCCAAUCUGCCCUGUCCUCGGGGUCGUCCUCUUCGACGGCUUCCUCCAGCUACUACUCGGUGUACAGCAAUGACCCGCAUGAACCGCUGCUGGUUCGGACCUCAUCGGCAUCGUCGAUAGUGACGGCCAGCGGGGGCAUGCCCUGUCAACCGCCCCCGCACCUGCUGGCCGGUAACAACUGUUGCACCAGCAGCGGUUCGCUUCCAUCGUCAUCAUCCUCAUCGCUUCAGUCGUCAUCCCACCUGCACCAGGACCAGCAACCGUUGAUUCCGCAGCAGCAGCAGUCCGGUAAACAACAACCGGGUAGCCCCGACGGAACCCGCUACGGAAGCUGCCAACCGCCACCGCUAGUACAAAAAACCAAGGCUCGGGACAUCACCAAACGGCGCGGUGCGAUCAAGCACCAACGAACGCGGUUUUUCUCUUGCAGAACGCACGAAAUCAACGGACACAAGUUCGUGGCCAAGUUCUUCCGGCAGCCGACGUUCUGCGCCUUCUGCAAGGAGUUCCUCUGGGGGUUCGGCAAGCAGGGCUACCAGUGCAAAACCUGCCAAACAGCGGUACACAAAAAGUGCCACGAGAAGCUGCUGGGAAGCUGCUCCGAAUCUAGUUUUAAUUCCGAAAGUACAAUUUAUUUAAGGGAACGGUUUAAGAUAGACUUACCACAUCGUUUUAGAGUGUAUACGUUUAUGUCACCAACGUUCUGCGAUCACUGCGGUGCACUGCUGUACGGUUUCUUCCGCCAGGGACUCAAGUGCGAAGGUAAGUACCUUGUUAAAAUUACAUAGUUUGAAACACGUAAAAUUGCAACGAUGACAACAACAACAAAAACAACAACGCUUUCAACGAAAAUGUCCACUCAAAGAUGGCGCCACUCCGAAACCGAGCUUGCUUCGAAAAAGCGCUCAAACCGUGAAUCUCACCAACUCACCGUUCACGUCUCAGCCUAGUCUUGGAUCUCAUCGUAUUGAAGUAAGAUUUCCGAACCGUGCUUGUAAACAAACAUCGCCCAUUCAAAUCGCGAUCGUGGAAAAGUCGAGCGCGUGGUUCGCGGGUAAGAGCAUCAGUCGCCGCCGCCGCAAAUCCGCGGUAAGUUAUUUAUAAAAUUCGAUGGUUUUUGCCCGUUCGUUCCUUCGUUCGAGGGAUGGCUGUCAAAAUCAGGAUGGGACGAAUUAGACGAUUUUUUUUUCCGCAGAAGUGGGAGGGGAUGGGUGAUUGGGGGAAAUGAACUUUCCACUUGCUGAUGUUUUGGGAUUUUCGGUCAGAAACUAUCCCCUUGGCGAAGCCAAGGUUCGACACAUUAGCGGUAGCGACGGUUAAAGUAAUCUCGUAUUUUAGAUCGUGGGAAUUUCGUGUGCGGUGUGGUUUUGGAAUAUGGGGAGGGUUGUCAGAUGAGAUGGCAUCUUUUCAUUUAGUUUCUUGAAAAUACGUACGAAUUAAACUGAACG